AUGGAGAAAGUCCCUACCCGCCUCAAUGUCGCCCCGGUCCCGCCGGACGAGAUCUUCGCCCUGAACGGUGCUUUCUUCGCCGAUACCCACCCGCAGAAGGUCAGUCUGGGCGUGGGCGUCUACCGUACCGAUGAUGGCAAGCCCUGGCCUCUGCCCGUUGUCCAGAAGGCCGAGAAGCAGCUGGCCGAGGAGGACGAUCUUAUGCGACACGAAUACACCGCUAUCGAGGGUGAUGUGCCGUUCUUGAAGAUCGCCCGGGACUUGAUGUUCGGCUUUGAGGGACAGGAUAAUGAAGAGGAGGCCAAGGCUCGCAUCGCCUCUGUUCAGACCGUCGCAGGAACCGGUGCCAACCACCUGGGUGCUCUUUUCCUGGCUCACCACAUGAAGCCCCCCACCGUCUGGCUAUCCAACCCUUCGUGGGCGAACCACAUGACGAUUUGGGAGUUGGCCGACGUGCCUCGCAAGACAUACCCAUACUACCAUGCCGCCACGCGGUCGUUCGACUUCGAGGGCAUGAUGUCGACUCUCGAGAAUGAAGCGCAGGAGGGCGACGCUGUCUUGCUGCACGCCUGUGCACACAACCCUACCGGACUGGAUCCGAACAAGGAGCAGUGGGUUGCGAUUGCGGACCUGUGCGAGCGGAAGAAGCUCUUCCCCUUCUUCGACUCCGCCUACCAGGGCUUUGCCUCGGGAUCCGUGGAGGAGGAUGCCUGGGCUGUGCGUUACUUCUUCAACAACAAGCCCGACAUGGAGAUGUGUGUUGCGCAGAGUUUCUCCAAGAACUUCGGCUUGUACGGUCAGCGGACUGGUGCUUUCCACUACGUUACCAACCGCAGCGCUACCUCUAUCCGGGAUAUCGUUGUGAACAACCUCUGCCACUUGAUCCGUGGUGAAUUCUCCAUGGGUCCCCGCAUUGGAUGUACCAUUGUCAAAAAGAUCUUGACAAAUGAGGAAUUGACUGCGGACUGGCACAAGGAUCUGGAGGUGAUGAGCUCGCGUAUCAAGUCUAUGCGUGAGGCACUUUAUAGUGAGCUGGUUCGCUUGAAGACCCCUGGUACUUGGGAGCACAUUGUGGAGCAGAACGGCAUGUUCUCCUACACUGGCCUGACCCCCAAGCAAGUCUACGCUCUGAAGGAUAAGUACCACGUUUACCUUCUCAAGUCUGGCCGAGCCUCUAUCAGCGGCUUGAGCCAGAAGAAUGUCGCCUAUGUUGCUCAGGCCAUUGACGACGUUGUCCGCAACGUGCUGUAA